AUGUAUUAUAAAAAUGAAACUAAUUCUGAAUAAAUAAAUGCUGGAUUGAUAUCUAGAUUAAAAUCUAAAUAAUUAACAAUUCUGCCUCCUGUAUUGAUUCGAAAAUAAAAUAUUAGCAAUUUUGAUGAAAAUAGAUGGAUCGAUAAGAUUGUUAAUACAAAUGCUUAUGAUUCAACUUCUUAACAUAAUACAACAUAACCUGAUAAUAAGUAUAAAUCAAGAAGAGCCAGUUCGCUUUAUAGUUUACACAGUUAAACUAAAUCUUAAAGUGAAUUAUAAUUAAAGAUCAAAACUGAUAAAAGACCAUCACCUAAAUAAUUUAAUUAAUAUAAUAAGUGGUUUAUUCCUCCAAACAAAAGAUUUAUUGAUUUAUAAGCUGAAACUCAAGAUUAUAUCCAAGAAUAAUAUAUCUAAGAAUAAUAUCGAUAAAAACAAUCAUAAUACAAUAAUAUGAUCAGAUAAUCAAAACAUUUAACAUAAUUUAUUAGAGAUGUAAAAUUGUUAAGAUAUUUUUUUAGUUCUAAAAAUAACAUAAAAGAAGUCCUACUUUCAUUCAUUAAGAUUGA